AUGUCACGAGGCGAGUUGCGCGGAGGGUCCGAGGACGGGAGCGCCGGGGACGGCGACGACAGGGAGACCGUGAAGCAGCGGUUCUCGUGGACGCCGCACAUGUUCUGCAAGACGCUCACGGCCUCCGACACCAACACGCACGACGGCUUCUCCGUGCCGCAUCGUGCCGCCGAGGACUGCUUCUCCAGGCCCUCAGCACGCACGGCAAGGCCAGAGGUCGCCAGGGCUGCGGCUGCUUGGGCCUCCAUUGCGAUCGGGCGGCCAUCAUCAUCUUUGGGCGGCGAUCCAUCCAUGGGAGUCGAGGAAGGGAAGGACGUUCUCCUUUUUGGCCCGGAGGCAUGGGCGCGGGCGGGAUCGGCGGUGCGGCUGAGGCGAUGGCGGCGCAACAGCUGUGGCAUUGAGGGGCACGGAGAGGUGCGUGAUGAAGGGGCCUUGAGGGAAGGCGCUGGUGCUGCACGGCCGGCUAACGUGGGUUCAAGCGCAAUUUCAAAGCGUAUGGCGGAGCUCUCUGCGUUGGACGCUGAGGCUGACGAGCUCUCGGGCUCGGACGCCGAUGCCGACGGAGGCUCGGGCAGCGGCGACGACGUGGAGGAGGAGGAAGGUGAUGAAAGCGAUGAUGACCCCCUUGCGGACGACUUCCUAGCUGGUAGCGACGAAGGAAGCGAGGGUGGUGACUCUGGACUGGAGUCAGAUGAGUCUGAUGACCUCGAGGCAAAGUCACGAGCAAUUGAUGAGCAGAAACUCAAGGCGGAAGAAGAUGCAGAGGAGGAACUUCAAAUCAACAUAAGAUCAGAAUCUGAUGAGUUCAGAUUACCCACGGCGGAGGAGCUGGAGGAAGAGGAACACAGACCACCGAACCUACCAAAUCUCAAAAGGAGGAUAUCAGAAAUUGUUCGAGUGCUCUCAAACUUCAGCAAGCUGAGGCAGAAAGAUGUUCCGCGAAAAGAUUAUAUCAAUCAACUGAAAACUGACAUCAUGUCAUACUAUGGAUAUAAUGAUUUUCUCGUUGAAGCAUUAAUUGAGAUGUUCCCAGCUGUUGAGCUUAUUGAGUUACUGGAAGCCUUUGAGAAAAGACCACCUGAGUGCUUGCGGACAAAUACACUAAAGACCCGGAGGAGGGAUCUUGCCGCUGCUCUUAUACCAAGAGGAUUUAAUUUGGACCCAAUAGGCAAAUGGUCAAAGGUAGGAUUAGUUGUCUAUGACUCCACGAUUUCAGCUGGUGCUACUACUGAAUAUAUGGCUGGACAUUACAUGAAACAAGGUGCAAGUUCUUUCUUACCAGUGAUGGCACUUGCUCCACAGGAGAAGGAGCGAAUUGUUGAUAUGGCUGCUGCUCCAGGCGGUAAGACUACAUACAUUGGCGCUCUUAUGAAGAAUACCGGAAUCAUCUAUGCAAAUGAGUUCAAUGAGAAAAGGUUGCAUGGACUUUUGGGAAACAUCCAUCGCAUGGGCGUGACAAAUACCAUAGUUUGUAACUAUGAUGGUAAAGAGCUACCCAAAGUUCUCGGGAUGAAUUCGGUUGACAGAGUAUUGCUGGAUGCUCCCUGCACAGGAACUGGGACCAUUUGGAAGGAUCUACAAAUCAAAACAUCAAAGGACAUUGAAGACAUCAGAAACUGUGCCUUUGUCCAAAAGCAAUUGCUGCUAGCUGCUAUUGAUUUGGUUGAUGCCAACUCCAAAACUGGUGGCUACAUUGUUUACUCAACUUGUUCGAUAAUGAUCCCAGAGAACGAAGCAGUAAUUGACUAUGCACUUAAAAAGAGAAACGUAAAGCUUGUGCCUUGCGGGUUGGAUUUUGGGCGUCCAGGAUUCAUCCGGUACCGGGAGCAUCGGUUUCAUACUUCUUUAGAAAAAACAAGAAGAUUUUAUCCUCAUGUCAAUAACAUGGAUGGAUUUUUUGUAGCUAAGCUGAAAAAGUUAAGCAAUACAAUCCCGGUGACGUCUGAGUCGUCUAAAGCAUCUGAAGGAGCAGCUGAAAAGGUUGAUGGCGAAGACGAGAAAGCUAUUUCUAAUGAACAAGAGACAGCUGUUCCUGGUAAAGAUGAGAAAACUGUUGAGAUGAAAAAUCGUAAAAAGGCUAAGGUGACCAAUAAAAGAACAAGUGUCACCAAAGAGACUGGAGGCCAUAAACGUGAAUCUAAUAGGCCAGGAAAGCAUCUCAAGAAAAAUAAGGAUAAUGAUACAAAUGAAAUUGAUGGCCCUGAAAGCACUGAAACAAAUGGAGACGGGAAAGAAGAGCAUCAUGAACAAACCAAGCAAACUAACCACAAAAGAAAGUUUGCUUCUGAUAGAUCCAAAAAAUCUGGCCCUGAGAGCUUCUCGGGUGUCAAAGAGAAGAAACAGGUCGGUGACAAGAAGCCGAAAAGGAAAUGGCAAUUCAAGCUGAGGCGAGACUGGGAAGCUGAAAAGAAAGGUGCCAAGAGGAGAAAGGCAUCUCAAGUUUUAUCUUUAACGAGUGACAUAUCUGGCAGGGAAACUGAAGCAAGUUAUCUUGAUGAAUGCUAUGUGAAUCCUGCUGCUUGA